AUGAUAACCGGCCAAAAAUCGAAUUACUCCAAGCCGAGGUUGACGAAAACGACCAAAGCUUUUUCCGUCUUCUGUGCCGAAGACAUGUGUUUUGGUCCUUCCCUAGUCUCCCUCCUGCCAAAAUUUCCCACUGGAGACUGGAACGAUGGACUAGUGGCCAAGGACACAAAGGACGGACGACCGCAUUUUGCUUACGAACGGGUGUUUAUGAGGCCAAAUGUCCAUUGUUCAACGAUAUUGUCGUCGCCAAAUUCGCUCGUUUCCCCUGGGAGAUCCGAUACAUUGAGAAUGAAACCACAGCAUAUCAAUGGAUAUCAGGCCAUAAUAUCGGGCCCCAAUUCCUUGGCCACUUGA